GGGUGGAGUUUUCUACUAGCGUUUGAAAUAGUUGCAGAGAAAUUUUUCUGUAGGUCAGAUAUGCAAACGAGGUGUCCAGCCCUCCUGCGGGAGGAGGUGGAAUGGAAUUCUUUCUAGAGUUGUAGAAGAGGAAUCGGCAGGAUUUAGAAGUUAUCAGGGAGAAAGAAGAGAGGGGGAAAAAAAUUAGAAGAUUUGAUGUGUUUCAAAAAUACUUUAAAAGACAAUGGAAAAGCAUAAUGUUAAAUACAUUAAAUAAUAGUUGUUCAUUGGGAUUGAGGUUGAGUAAUAUUUACGUUAUUAAGAUUAUUAGUAAGGAUAUCACAAAGAUGGGAACACCAAAAACAAUAAUAGAUUUGAAGGAACGAAUGAAUCCAUGCAACAACAUAAACUAGAACUCUGUAAAAUAUAAAACAGUUUUUUCUGCUACCAUUUCUCAGUCUUAACACAGAGACUGAAAGAAAUAGCUUCUUAGUUUACCUCUGACUCUGCAUUAACUUUAUACUGUUUAUUGGACUUUAUGAGUUGCAAAUAUAAUUACCCAAAGCCUUGUAGAUAUUCAUUUAAAAAUGAUAUGGUCACAAAAAUGAGUACUGUGAAUGAAUAUAAACAAACAUCAACUGGCCUGGCUUAUCAGGGAAUGGCUGGUCUGAAAGAUAUAUAAUGCCUUCAGGCCCAGAAAGUAAACUUUGGCUUUCUUGUUAACUUUUUUGUAGUGGUGAAGGAGUGAAUUGUAAGAGGAAAGGAGUUGAGCAGUGAGGACCUCUGUCGAAGACAAGCUACCACUAGUUCCCUAAGUUUCCAAUCUAGGGACCAUUAAAAAGAUUCAAGAACUUGACCUUGAUUACAGUGCUGAGCUAAUGCUAUGGGAGGCUGACCGUCCUCACGGGCCUUUGCAUUCCUUUAUUGAAUAUGCUCAACACUUUAAAUAAUCCUUGCAAAUAACUGGUAUCUGCUAUGGAGAAUAGGUGCUCUGUUCCACAUACAGUUCUCUUAAGUGGUUGAGUUUUGUGCCAAGUGAAACUGGAAAAGAAUAUAUAAGUAGAGUUGAAGACUUUCUGAAUUGGAAAGAAAGUCAUGAUCUCCCACACAUUUUUCUCUGAAGAUAAGUUCAAAAAGCACUUUUUAUUAUUUUUUGUAACUCUUUUAAUAACAAAUCAUGAACAUCGUUAUUGUCAAAUAAUACAGAUCUUCAUAAAAAGGCUGGUAUGACUUAACCAGUAUAACUUAGCCAGACUAUAUCUAGCUCCAUCUAUAUGAGGUACUGGAAAAUUUCAUUCAGAAUAUCCCCUCAGAUUUAUUUAGUGAAUUGCUGAAAAAUGGGUUAUAAGUUUUCCAGAUGUUGCCUACAAUUUUGGGAUUAUUUUUAUUUUUUUUUUUAACUCAGUCUAUAUAGAAGAUAUGAAGUUACAACUAAUGUGGGUUAAUUCCAUGGGCUUCGUUUUUUUCAAGAAUAAUUUUUUUUAUCAAAAUAUAUGUGGUUUUUAAAAAAAUUCCAGAAAAUUUUUGAUUAAGUGAAACAUUUCUCUCCUACCCCUCCUCACUCCUUUCAAAAUAUUUCAUAACAUAUGUAUUUACAGAGAUGAGCCUAUAUUGUUUUUUAGUUUCAAAUACAGAAACAUAUCUUGUACCUAGGAGUAUUCACAUUUUAAUAGAACUAACUAAAUACGGAGAGUUACUUUACCACGCAUAUCUUAGUAAUAUGUGAGUGUUUAAUUGUUUAUCACCUUUGAACUGAUCGUAGUCCUUAUAUAUCAUCUUUAUUUUUAGAGAGUUAAAAGUGUGAAACUGAAACAGUGGGUGCCUGAUUUGUGGCACAGUCUCAAGACUUUUGCUUUCUAGAGACAUCUUUAAAUCUUAAAUAUGCUCUAUAUGCUUGUUUGAUGUGGGAGGUGAUUGUAGUUGUGUUUCUUCUUAGGUAAAUUUGUGAUAACAGUUCUUACUUAAGAGUAAGGGAGAAAAUGAAGUUUUCUCAAUCUAGCAAUUCCAGUGGAAUGGUGAUUCUGAACCUGAAAGCAGCUCAGAGGACAGUGUCAUUGCCAGUACUGGCUGCUAAGAAGGCCCUUCCAGCAGUUACCUGAUGUGUUAGGCGAGAAAUAUGAAACGCAAUGGAAGCAGAAAUUGUUUGAAUAGGAGAAGUAGGUUUGGUUCUCGAGAAAGAGACUGGCUGAGAGAAGAUGUGAAGAGAGGCUGUGUUUACCUUUAUGGAGCAGACACUACCACUGCCACUACAACCACCACCACCACCACCACCACCUCCUCCUCCUCUGAUGUACAUCUUGUCCUUUGCACAGUAGAGACACCAGCAUCAGAAAUAUGUGCUGGAGAAGGAAGAGAAAGUCUUUAUUUACAGCUUCAUGGAGACCUGGUCAGGAGACUGGAACCUACUGAACGACCUCUUCAGAUUGUUUAUGAUUACUUGUCCAGACUGGGAUUUGACGAUCCUGUGCGCAUACAGGAGGAGGCUACAAACCCUGACCUCGGCUGUAUGAUUCGGUUUUAUGGUGAAAAACCAUGCCAGAUGGAUCACCUGGAUCGAAUCCUGCUGUCUGGCAUCUAUAAUGUACGCAAGGGAAAGACUCAGCUGCAUAAAUGGGCUGAGCGCCUGGUGGUUCUCUGUGGUACCUGCCUUAUCGUUUCCUCGGUGAAGGACUGUCAAACUGGAAAGAUGCACAUUUUGCCUCUGGUCGGGGGAAAGAUAGAAGAAGUGAAGCGACGGCAGUACUCCCUGGCAUUCAGCUCGGCUGGAGCCCAGGCUCAGACCUAUCAUGUCAGCUUUGAGACUUUGGCGGAGUACCAGAGAUGGCAGCGGCAAGCAUCCAAGGUGGUGUCCCAGCGAAUCAGCACUGUGGAUCUCUCGUGUUAUGGCCUCGAGGAGGUUCCUGAGCAUCUCUUCUACAGUCAAGAUAUCACCUACCUCAACCUGCGACACAACUUCAUGCAGCUAGAAAGACCCGGGGGCCUUGACAUGCUCUACAAAUUUUCUCAGCUGAAGGGCCUGAACUUGUCCCAUAAUAAACUUGGGUCGUUUCCUGUGUUGUUGUGUGAGAUCUCCACCCUGACUGAGCUCAACCUUUCCUGCAAUGGAUUUCAUGACCUACCAAGUGAGAUUGGCAAUCUGCUAAAUCUUCAAACUCUCUGUCUUGAUGGCAACUUUCUGACUACUUUACCUGAAGAAUUGGAAAAUCUACAACAGCUUUCCUCCCUGGGAAUUUCUUUCAACAACUUUAGUCAAAUUCCUGAGGUUUAUGAAAAGCUCACUCUAUUAGAUAAAGUGGUUAUGGCAGGAAAUUGCCUGGAAGUCCUCAACUUGGGGCUGCUGAGCAGGAUUACUCACAUCAAGCACGUGGAUUUGAGGAUGAACCAUUUGAAAACUGUGGUUAUUGAAAAUCUAGAGGGAAAUAAAUACAUCACCCACAUGGAUCUCCGGGACAAUCAGCUUACUGACUUGGAUCUCAGCUCCCUGUGUGGCCUGGAGCAGCUGCACUGUGAGCGGAACCAGCUGAGAGAGCUGACCCUCAGUGGCUUCUCCCUGCGCACUCUCUACGCCAGUUCCAACAGGCUGACAGCAGUGAAUGUCUAUCCAGUACCCAGUCUACUCACUUCCCUAGAACUCUCCCGAAACCUGCUAGAAUGUGUUCCUGACUGGGCCUGUGACUCAAAGAAGAUAGAAAUAUUAGAUAUGAGCUAUAAUCUUCUCACAGAGGUUCCUGUGAGAAUUCUGAGCAGCUUGAGCCUUAGGAAACUGAUGGUGGGCCACAAUCACCUGCAGAGCCUGCCGGCGCUGGUGGAGCACAUCCCCCUGGAGGUGCUGGAUGUUCAGCAUAACGUGCUCACCAGGCUGCCAGACACUCUCUUCUCCAAGGCCUUAAAUCUCAGAUACUUGAAUGCAUCUGCAAAUAGUUUGGAGUCUUUACCAUCGGCCUGUGCCGGGGAGGAGAGCCUGAGUAUGCUGCAGCUGCUGUAUUUGAGCAGCAAUCUCCUGACGGAUCAGUGCAUACCUGUCCUGGUCGGACACCCUCACCUGAGGAUCUUGCACCUUGCAAACAACCAGCUACAGACCUUUCCUGCAAGCAAACUAAAUAAAUUGGAGCAAUUGGAGGAACUGAACCUAAGUGGCAAUAAGCUUAAAACCAUUCCCACAACCAUAGCAAACUGCAAAAGGCUGCACACCCUUGUCGCACACUCCAACAACAUCAGCAUCUUCCCUGAAAUACUGCAGUUGCCUCAGAUUCAGUUUGUAGACCUGAGUUGCAAUGACUUGACAGAAAUCCUGAUUCCGGAGGCACUGCCCGUUACGUUACAAGACCUUGACCUGACUGGAAAUACAAACCUGGUUCUGGAACACAAGACUUUGGACAUAUUUAGCCAUAUCACAACCCUGAAAAUUGAUCAGAAACCUUUGCCAACCACAGAUUCUACAGUUACAUCAACCUUCUGGAGCCAUGGACUGGCAGAAAUGGCAGGGCAGAGAAAUAAGCUAUGUGUUUCUGCUCUCGCCAUGGAUAACUUUGCGGAGGGAGUGGGAGCUGUGUACGGCAUGUUUGAUGGGGACCGAAACGAGGAGCUGCCUCGCCUGCUCCAGUGUACGAUGGCAGAUGUGCUUUUGGAAGAGGUGCAGCAGUCAGCAAAUGACAUGGUUUUCAUGGCUAACACCUUCUUGGUGUCUCACAGGAAAUUAGGAAUGGCCGGCCAGAAGCUGGGUUCCUCUGCCCUCCUAUGCUACAUCCGCCCCGACACUGCCGACCCAGCGAGCAGCUUUAGCUUGACUGUGGCCAACGUUGGUACAUGCCAAGCAGUCCUGUGCCGAAGUGGGAAGCCACUGCCCCUUUCUAAAGUCUUCAGCCUGGAGCAGGACCCAGAGGAGGCACAAAGGGUGAAGGAACAAAAAGCCAUCAUUACAGAGGACAACAAAGUGAAUGGGGUCACCUGCUGUACCCGGAUGCUGGGCUGUACAUACCUCUACCCCUGGAUCCUCCCCAAGCCCCACAUUUCUUCCACUCCACUGACCAUUCAAGAUGAGUUGUUGAUUCUAGGAAACAAAGCAUUAUGGGAACACUUGUCCUAUACAGAAGCUGUCAACGCAGUGCGUCAUGUCCAAGACCCGUUAGCAGCUGCCAAGAAGCUGUGUACGUUAGCACAGAGCUAUGGUUGUCAGGACAAUGUAGGGGCGAUGGUGGUUUAUUUGAACAUUGGUGAGGAAGGCUGCACUUGCGAAAUGAAUGGGCUCACCCUCCCAGGUCCUGUGGGAUUCGCGUCCACCACCACCAUCAAAGAUGCGCCCAAGCCCACCACUCCCUCCUCUAGCAGUGGGAUUGCCUCUGAGUUCAGCAGCGAGAUGUCCACCUCGGAGGUGAGCAGUGAAGUGGGCUCCACCGCGUCCGACGAGCAUAAUGCCGCAGGCCUGGAUGCCGCCUUGCUUCCACGGCCAGAGCGGCGCUGCAGCCUUCAUCCCGCGCCCACCUCGGGGGGUUUUCAGCGUCAGCCCUCUUGUGCCACCUUCUCCAGUAAUCAGUCUGAUAAUGGCUUGGACAGCGAUGAUGACCAGCCUGUUGAAGGGGUCAUCACCAAUGGCAGCAAGGUGGAAGUUGAGGUAGACAUCCACUGCUGCAGAGGAAGAGAUCUUGAGAGCUCUCCUGCUCGUGCAGAGAAUCCUCCCGCCCUGUGUCCUGAGGAACAUGCUAGAGGGUUGGGUUUUGGGAUCCGAAGGCAGAACAGUGUGACUAGUGGCAUACUUCUGCCAGGGAGUAAGGACAAGAUGGAGUUACAGAAGUCUCCCUCCACUUCCUGUCUCUAUGGGAAGAAACUCUCCAACGGCUCUAUCGUGCCCCUAGAAGACAGCCUGAACCUCAUUGAAGUGGCCACAGAAGCACCCAAGAGGAAGACUGGCUAUUUUGCUGCACCCACUCAGCUGGAACCAGAGGAUCAGUUUGUUGUACCUCGUGACCUGGAAGAAGAAGUGAAGGAACAAAUGAAACAGCACCAGGAAAGCAGGCUCGAGCCCGAGCCCAACGAUGAGGAUCGGACCGAGCCCCCAGAGGAGUUUGACACUGCGCUGUGACUCCGCCCCGACGUGGGCACGACGUGGGCGCAGGCUGUGUGCCGUUGCUGUGGGGCCCUGCCAGCGGCAUUUUGCCUCUGCAUUUCUUAACCACAGACGUGCGGGUAGAACUCGGAGCCAAAGGGCGAGAGUGACCAGGGUCUGGCUCUGGAUGAGCUAGCAGCCACCGUCAGUGUUAAGUGUCCCGUGGAACCUGCGUUGGAAUUCCCAGAAUUGCUGGGAAGGAAGCAGCUGUUCUGUGUCAGUCCUACCACCUGCCAUUAACCCUUUCUCUCCUAGGAUCAUUUUGAGAAUUUGCCUGCCUGGGCAGGAAAGGGACUAUUUCUGUGGAGGAAAUAACUGAAGGUUGAUUCCCUUUACUAAUUGCUGCUGAUGGAUCUCUGUGACAGAGAAAUCACCUUAUCUCUCAGACUAACUCAUGGGGUAUGAUGUGACUAGUCACAUGGCUUUUCAUUCUUCUCUACGAGAAUACAGCCUAUCAAAAUGAUGUCUAUUGGAAAUGUAGAACCAAUCAAACAAUUAAUUUAUGUAUGUAAUGUAAUGAGAGCACUUUUCAUUGACUGUGAACUUUUUAUUUUUGAAUCUGCACUCGAGCCAAUCUUCUUAGAGGCAGCCGGGCACCUCUGUCCACAGGCAGAGAGCGCUAGUCGGGUGUUGUAGCCUUAUCUGAGGGUACGAGGGAGGGCCCUGGGAACUGGUUUAACUGUCGGAUGUCAGACUGUUAAAGCUCCUGGGAAACUUGGGGUGGUAGGAUCUUCUUGUGGGGAUGAAGAUGGGGGAGAAGUGAUGACUAAGACUACAUCCCCCAAAACCGGAAAGAGGAUUACCCCUUGACAAAUGUGAAACCUGCUAGGAGUUUCCCAGCAGAUCACAAGGGAGGCAUUUGGGGAUUGGCCUCUGUCCCUGCUGUGUGGGAGGAAGGGCUGGCCCUCAGCCUCCCAACAGAGAGGGCCAAGACCGACCUUGCUCACGUCCACGUAACCUUGAGCUAUGGCAGAUGACUGUGAAACAGACUGAGGCCAAAAGAGAACAGGUGGAUGGAGCUCACAGGUUAGACUUGUUCCUGCUCUUACUCUAGAGCAGAGGGAUAGUUUUCUAGAAUGUUGGAAGUGAGUUGAGAGCUCACCUCUUGAAUGUUUAACAGUGUACUCUUCUGAAAACUGCUUAUUCACCUUGUGUGGUUUCAGAAUACUGGGCUCAGUACUACUAUAAGAAAGAAACUUAAUUGAGAAAUUCUUAAGCUUACAGAAAACCUGUAUUUUUUGCACAUUUCAUGUAACAUUAGCAAAAUGCAGUCCCUUCCACAUUUCUGUCGCUUUUUCCAUUAGAAAAUUUACUUAGGAAAAUUAAUUCCCAUUUAUUCCUACAAAAUUUUAGUACUGCUUGACUUUACCCAAUGGGGAAUGUGCUUUGAAUUUUUGGAACACUUGCAGAAUUAAAAUAAAAUAGAGUGGAAUCAUUUUUUAAUUUGUUUCAUCAGAAACAAAAUUUUAAAGAGAAGGUU